UCACCGCCGAGAUGGCCGCGUUCCUGCAGGAGCUGCGCCAGAGGGUGAGAGUUGGGGUCGUGGGUGGCUCGGACUUCGAGAAGAUCCAGGAGCAGCUCGGCGAUGACGUGGUUGAAAAAUUUGACUACGUUUUUCCAGAAAAUGGUCUUGUAGCAUAUAAAGAUGGGAAAUUCUUGAGCAAGCAGAACAUUCAGGGUCACCUAGGCGAGGACGUACUUCAAGAUCUCAUCAACUACUGCCUGAGUUACAUCGCAAAGAUCAAACUGCCGAAGAAGAGGGGCACGUUUAUUGAGUUCCGAAACGGGAUGAUAAAUGUGUCCCCCAUUGGAAGAAGCUGCAGCCAGGAAGAACGAGUUGAGUUCUAUGAACUUGAUAAAAAGGAACAUAUAAGAGAAAAAUUUGUAGCUGACUUACGGAGAGAAUUUGCAGGAAAAGGCCUCACGUUUUCUAUAGGAGGCCAGAUAAGCUUUGACGUGUUCCCAGAUGGCUGGGAUAAGAGGUACUGCCUGGGAAUCGUUGCCAACGAUGGAUACAAGACCAUUUAUUUCUUUGGAGAUAAGACUAUGCCAGGAGGGAAUGACUAUGAAAUUUUCACAGACUCCAGAACAAAAGGCCACAGCGUCACAUCCCCACAGGAUACAAAAAGAAUCUGUGAAGAGCUGUUUUUCAAGUAAAAGACUUACUCAGAACUCAAAAAACGGUUAAGACAGCUUAACA